AAUCGUUGCCGCGUUCAAAUUGUCUUCAUGCAUAUCUUUUGACAUGAGGUAUUGACUUUUGCAGUUACGGUUGACUGCCCGACCCUGAACCGGACAGUAUAGCACAUACCCCAGAACCAAGGCACAACAAGCGCUGUUGAGUAGAAGGAUAGCUCUUAAGAUUGCUGCUUGCUGGCGCUGUAAGAUAACUUAGCGGAGCAUCAUCUGAGUGACAUUGUUAGGAGAUAGGGGCUGCAAGCAGCUUGAGGUGCAGCUUGGAUAGGACGCUUUGUAGCUUUCCUAUUAAUGCCUACAGCAGACUACGAGGACUCGGGAGAAGAAUGACCGGCUUUAAGCCGUAGCCUCUUACCAUAGCGUCCUUCAUGGAGGAUAACGCUGAGCCCACCGCUCUGCCUAAGCUGGCGUCUUCUGGAGGCAGGCGCAUACCAAAGCGCACACCCAGCGGCCUGCUCGGCAAGCCAGGCUCAUUGCAACUGAACCAGAGCACCACACCACAACACCACGCGCUGCCCGUGAAACGGCGGGGUAGCUUUCAACAACUUAAGAAAACUGGAACGCACGCGGGUUGCGAUGGCGCGUCAUCGUACCUCGACUCGGACUCGUCUCCAUCAAUCUUCGCAGUGGUUAAGAAGAGCACACACUGGGAGAAGUAUGGCACCGUGCUCGUGUUGCUUGUCGCCGACGAGCUCAGCAGCGACAAAGAGGCAGUGCUGCAAAUGCUGUCAGCGGAGGGGUAUGACGACAAUACCACUGACAACGCCCAAGAGGCGGUUAAACUCUUUGCGGAAAAGGAGGUGUACCCAGACAUUGUGAUCAUCGACUCGGACAACGAGCUGGUAGACACCCGCCAGCUGAUCAUGCAGCUCCAGUCGCUGAACCCCACGGUGGCGGUGAUGGUGCUGGGCGCCCGCGGCGGCCCUCUGCCGGCGGUGCAGGCGCUGCAGGCGGGCGCAGCGGACUUCAUGGCCAAGCCGCUCAGCCUGGAUGAGCUGGUGGCGCGAGUGGAGCGGCACGUGCAGCGGCAGCACUGCAUCAAGUUGGAGAUGGAGAAGGCGCUGGAGGACGCGAAGCAGAUGAUGCAGCAGCUGGUGCCCGCGUCGCUGCUGGGGGACGUGAUGCUGCGUAAGGAGGUGGCGGCCCCGGGCGGUGCGGGGGGCGGCGCCGGCGGCCCCCCCGGCGGUGGGGGAGCUGGCGGCAAGGCGGGUCUGAACAGCGUGGCUGAGACGGAUUUUGAGGAGCAGAUGAGCGAGCUGAGCGAGGAGAACCACCGACUGGGGCAGAAGGUGCAGGAGAUGGAGCGGAAGCUGGAGCUGAAGGAUAAGGAGAACCGCGCCCUGGAGGCCAAGCUCAAUGCCAUCGACCAGCGGGUGGCCGCACUCGCAGCGGAGCGGCAGCGCGGGGCAGCAGCGGGCGGCUGUGACGGCCUGCAGCAGCACCAGCAGCAGCAGCUGCAGCAGCAGGAGCAGCAGCAGCUGCUGUUCCUGGGUCAGCUGGAUGUGGUGGCGCGAGCCAAUCUGGACCUGCGGCACAAGGUGGACGAGCUGGAGCGGCGCAUGCAGGCGGCGCAGGGGGGGGGCGCGCCGGCAGCAGCGGUGGCGGUGGCAGUAGCAGUAGCAGGAGCAGCGGAGGCGGUGGCAGGCAGGGAGGUAGGGGUGGUGCAGGCGGAGGCGGUGGCGGUGGAUGCGCCGCCGCCAGAGGCCCCCCGGGAGCAGCCGUUGGGAGUGUCGCAGCCGCAGCCGCGGCAGCAGUUGGAGGGUGGUGAGCUGCAACUAGAGGAGGAGGAGGAGCAGGGACAGCAGCGGGAGGGAGAGGGAGGGAAAGGGAGGGAGGGAGCGGAGGAGGAGGAGGGGGGAGAGGGGCUGCAGCAAUAGCAGGAGGGGAGGCGGCAUGGCUGGGUAGGGGAGGUGCAGGAGGCCGAAAGAUUGCCGAAAGAUGUGUGAGGGGUGUGUGUUCUGUGAAGCCCGAACGAGCAGUUUGAGUAUACGUGUCUCCUCUCUCCCUGUGUUGCUUAUUUCUGCGGGUGUGAGGAGGGCGCACGAGAUUGAUUGCGACUUUUGCUGAGUGAGUGCGCAAGUGCGGCAUAUGUGUGUGCAUUGCAAUGGGAGGAGGGAAGGAAGGUGUUAGAGAAAGGUGCGAAAGUGGUAGUGGCGGUGGUGGUGGUGGCGCCCAGAGGUCUUGUGGGCUUGCUUGGUCGCAAGGGGCAUGGAGCGGUGCGGUGCGGUGGGGGAGAGCUGCGAGGGUUGUUGUUAGCGAGUGGAGGUGUGUGAGGGUUGCAUGGAGGGAUGCUGGGAUACUGGGAUACCGGUUAGGUGGGGAGGUCGGCAGCGGUUGUGGCACAGCUCUGUGGGAUCAGUGAGGAAUGGUGGUGGAGGUGGAGGUGGUGGUGG